AUGCUGUCUCACCCAUCCCAACUACAUUGCCAAAAUUAUGUUUCAGAGUUCUGGGAAGACCACUUCCAGUGCAGGUACCCCAACAGCUCCCGCACACCUUACAACAAGAAGUACACGAAGAGCUGCACGACCAAGGAGACGCUGAGCAGGGAGGGCAUGGCCUUCGAGAAGCAGCUGCAGUUCGUCUCGGACGCGGUGAUGGCCCUGGCAGUCGCCCUGCAGGACAUGCACCGCGACCUCUGCCCUGGGGCCAAGGGACUGUGCGAAACGAUGACUCCUACCAAGGGCAGUUUAUCCGGAGAUAAAUUCAAAUUUGACCCGAACGGUGAUGGCCCAGCCAGAUAUAAUAUUGUUCACUUCAAACAAGUCAGAAAAGGAGAGUACCAAUGGGUACAAGUAGGCCAAUACAUCGAAGGAGAGCUCAAGCUUAACAUGUCAGAGAAAAGAGGGCCUGAGUCCGUAUGUUCUCUCCCCUGCGAACAAGGGCAGGCCAAGAAGUACGUCGAAGGAGAGAGCUGCUGUUGGCAUUGCUUCAAUUGUACUCAAUAUCAGAUAAGGCAUCCAACGGACGAGACUCAGUGUCAGGUCUGCCCGUUGGGCACCAUUCCUGACAAAUAUCACAGCUAUUGUAAUGAAAUUCCAGAAUCCUUUCUCAGAGUUGAAAGUGCUUUGGCCAUCAGCGCAAUGACAAUAUCUUCUCUUGGCAUCAUGGCCACAAUGUUUGUUGUUGGGGCCUUUAUAAAACACAAUGAGACGCCAGUUGUUAAGGCAGCAGGAAGAGAACUGAGUUAUGUUCUACUCACAGGAAUAUUGUUAUGUUAUUUAAUAACAUUUGCACUGGUGUUAAGACCAUCAAAUGUUGUAUGUGGGAUACAAAGAUUUGGCAUUGGUAUCUGCUUCACUGUGGUGUAUGCAGCACUCUUAACAAAAACUAAUAGGAUAUCAAGAAUAUUUAAUGCCGGAAAGAGAACAGCUAAACGACCAAGCUUUAUUAAUCCAAAAUCACAACUAUUAAUUUGUGGUGGUCUUGUCAGUGUUCAGGUGGUCAUUAAUAUUAUAUGGAUGAUUGUUUCACCACCGAAAGCUAUCCACCAUUAUCCUACAAGAGAAGAUAAUCUUUUAGUAUGUUCAUCGUACAUAGACGCCUCUUAUAUGAUAGCUUUUGGUUAUCCAAUACUUCUAAUCGUUGUCUGCACAAUAUAUGCAAUAUUGACAAGAAACAUUCCAGAAGCUUUUAAUGAGUCUAAACAUAUAGUGUUCACAAUGUAUACGACCUGUGUGAUAUGGUUAGCAUUUGUGCCAUUGUAUUUUGUCACCGGUAACCACAUGCCACUCAGAAUAACUUCAAUGUCAGUUGCAAUAAGUUUCUCAGCAAGUGUCACCAUUGGCUGUCUCUUCUCCCCAAAGUUGUACAUAAUCUUGAUCCGACCUGAACGAAACGUCAGGCAAAGCAUGAUGCCUACUUCCCGCUACAGUGGGACAGUCAAGUCAGGAACAAGCGCAAGUGUGAUGGCUGCUGCGGUAGCUGUUACAGACAGCAAUCGUCUGUCACAAACCAUUACACACACCGUGGAAGCACCUUCUUCCAAAUCUUCUGAAAUAGAACUGAAAAGUGAAGGCAUAUCAUUCAGACCGAAACCACUUCUUGUAAGCAGAUCGACACAAACUCUAGCGACAGAAGUCAGUAACAACAAUAUGAACUCGGACAAAGUUCCUUCACUUGUCGGAAAUGGUCCUAUAUCAACAGAUGUACAGUUGUAGCAUUGAAACUCUCUCGAGAUCAAAUUGUAAAUAAUGUAUUAUUUGUUAUUAUAAAAAAGAUAUAAAAGAUUACAAUAGAAAAGAAAAUUAUCCAAAAAGAUAUGUAAAUACAGAAAUAUAUGAGUCUUAGAAAACAGGAUCAUCGCUAUUAUUUUGUAAAUAAUUACAACCUAAAUUAUUACUCUGAUGAAUAAACAUGAGUGUAUGAAUAUUUUUAUAAUAUUUCUUUACUUAUUUAUCUUAAAAACUUAGCAGUAAGCGACCCUCAUGGGUCUGAGUAGUUUGGCCUAUAAAGCUGUUAAAAAAGCUGAAGCAUAAAGCGGAUUAGGCAUCACUCAUGAGCCCAAUGAUGUCUAACCUCUGCGUUCAGCGAUAUGUAAUAUACUAUGUAAAUAUACAACGUGUUUCAUUUUUAUUAGUAAUAAGAAAUUUUAAAAAAUACUAUGGUGUAUAUACCAAGUAAUAAACUUUAUGGUUAUUUAAAAUUAAAAAAAGAAGAAGAUUAAUUUAUUAUGUCAGAAAUAGUUUUUAACUUUAUCUAAUGGUUAUCAAAAAUUAUUGAAAAUAAUAAUGUAUGCUCAUUGCCUGUGGUAAAAUGUAUAUAAAUAUAUCUGCUGUGUUUGACUUAAUAGAAUGAAUGAUGGAUGUAAUACUUAUAUAUAUAUAUAUAUGUCAGAUCUAUUGAUGAAAGCAAUUUAUUUCUGUAAAUAAUUUUUAUAAUGUAUGAAAAUGUUGAGAUUAUGUAAAUAAUCCUGUUAAUUACAGUUACGCUUAGUAAAUGUUGUGAUGAGCAGUAUUGUUUUGUAUUCAUAAAUGGGAG